CGAGCCCGAUCAUGCUGCCGCUAGACCAUCAACAUGCACAUCAUGCUGAAAUUUCGUGGUCCACCUAGCUGGCAUGGCUCACGCUCUUUCCUUCGCUCUCAAAAGUCAUCUAUUCGUUAUGAUGUCAACCUAAAUAAGCGCCUGGCCUCGUUCGAUGCGCCCCAAGCUCUACCCAAGCGUCCUCGGGGAAAGUCGUGGUUUUGGUAUCCAGCAACGUUUCUAGCGCUCACCGGUGCAGGGUACUAUGCAUACGAGAAUCACCAGCCAACCCGACAUGCUGUAUUGGCGACUUUAAGGUGCUCUCAACUUGCGCAGGCUGCAAUCUCUGGAGCAAUUGAUUACAAGCGUACUUUUGCGCGCACGUAUGCUUCCGAGGAUGACAGGCUCGAAGCAGUAUCACAAUGUCAUGUUCGGAGUGCUACGAAGGUGCUGAAUGCUCUGUUGGCCAAUGGAGGCAUCUACAUCAAAUUGGGACAGCAUAUUGCGUCGCUAAUUGUACUACCAAGGGAAUGGACGAGUACCAUGGCCCCACUUCAAGACAAGUGUGAUGCCACUCCGUACGAGGGUAUUGCGGCACUGUUCCUAUCAGAUAUGGGACAGCCUAUAAAUGAGCUUUUUGACGAUUUUGACCCGGUUCCUAUUGGUGUUGCAAGUUUGGCUCAGGUUCAUGUCGGAUUUCAUAAGGCAUCAGGAAAAAAGGUCGCAGUGAAGGUUCAACAUCCUCACCUAGUUGAAUUCUUCAACAUUGAUAUCAACAUGGUCCAGUCUACUUUGGGUUGGAUCAAGUACUGGUUCCCGGAGUUCGAAUUCACUUGGUUAGGUGAGGAAAUGCGGGAGAACCUUCCGAGAGAGAUGGAUUUUGUGCACGAAGCCCGCAAUACGGCUCAUGCGGUUGCUGAUUUUGAAAAUAUCAAGACGUCAUUAUACAUACCCGAGGUCAUAUCCGCGAACAAACGAGUUCUCGUCAUGGAGUAUAUCCAAGGUGGUCGCGUAGACGACCUUGCAUACCUUGCAAAGCACAACAUUGACAGGAAUAAAGUCGCACUAGAGCUUACGCGAAUCUUUAAUCGAAUGGUGUUUAUGAAUGGGUGGUUCCAUGCGGACCCUCACCCUGGUAACCUGUUGAUACGGCCUGCCUCUAAAUCAUCCAAAUCACCCUAUAACUUUGAGAUCGCACUAUUGGACCAUGGUUUAUACUUCGAUCUUGAACGGGAACUACGUGUGAACUACAGCAGGUUAUGGCUGUCGCUCAUUGCUCGCUCGUCGCCGACAGUCGACGCUGAUCGUCGGAAAUAUGCAGAGCUGGUCGGGAACAUCACAUCUGAUUUGUAUCCUGUUUUCGAGGCAGCAAUUACUGGCCGGCUGGCACCCGAUGGUAUAAUUGAAGCAGAUGACGAACCCAAGAGCGACAUCCGCCGAGCCACGGGCAUGCUCGACAUGGCUUCUCAGACUGAGGAGGAAAUGGAACUCAUUCGAAAUACUGUUGCCCAAGGAGACAUAUUGGUAUCCGUGCUCGAUGUCCUGCGCCGACUGCCCAGGCGCGUGCUGAUGGUCAUGAAACUCAAUGACCUGGCAAGGCACUUGGAUCAUUCACUGGCAACCACUCAUUCGAGCGUCAGAAUAUUCCUCAUCACGUCAAAGUACUGCAUGAAGGCGGUAUGGCAAGAUGAGAAAUGCCGCUUCCGCGAGGGUGGAGUCGGGUUCGGAUCCUUAUUGGGCAGUGCUUGGGCGUUUGCAACUGCAUAUUCCAAAAUCACAUUCAUUGAGCUCAUGAUGGACUGGCAAGCUUCGCUGGUCAAGUCGAGUGCGUGGUUACGUGGAUUUUAUUUGAAAGGAUUAGCGGGAGCGCACGAUGCGGCCGCUGGUCUCUACUAGUUACACUGUAUGAUACACAUGAUUAGGUCGUUGCAUUCGGUAGAUAUAGAGUUCUAUAUGUCAUUUCUUGCAGUCUGCAAAGAAAGAAUCGAUGGUGCUGAUGCUCUUUUUCAGACAAGCCCACUGAUAAGGUUGUUACUGGGGAUACCUUAGAGCAUAAAUCGGUAGACUAACCUGAUCUGGAUUCAAAGAAAUUCCUUUCUUUCCCGGCUUUUCAUCCUCCCUGUCCUUGCCAUAAAAUUCACGAAUAUCGACAAGAAUUUUGCCUGCUUUUGUCAGCGACAAGUUUGUGUGUUCACGUAAUGUUGAGGUUCACCUUUGAACUCGCGGACGGUUACGCGUUUCUUUUGGCCCAGCUGAACAUAUCGUUCACCAUCGGGACUGGUGAAGACCUUCACGUCGUUGUCAUCGGUCGACUUUUUGUUCGAGUCUGAUGGAGA